UAGUUCCACACAAACCCCAGUUAAGUCUACAACUCCCAACCCUCUUUCUUUCUUUCUCUCUUUCUUUCUUUCAAGAACAACAACAAACAGAUCACUGCCUCUUCUCUUUCAUCUCUGCCGGUGGUGGAUCCUACACUCUCAUAUCGGUGAGAUCUAUAUUCUAAAAGCAUAUAUUCCACAAGAUUCUCUUGAUGAAUAUGCAUCUCGAAUCUCGGUUGGUAUAAAGUUCCAUGCUAGAUAUCGUAGUUCAAAACAUGGGCUUGCUCUGCAGUAGACACAAGCGUGGUAAUAAAGCUACCACGGAAGAAAACGAUCAUGCAGCAGAAAUAGAAAGGCGGAUCGAACAAGAAACAAAGGCUGAAAAACAUAUUCAGAAACUUUUAUUACUUGGUGCCGGAGAGUCAGGAAAAUCAACCAUUUUCAAACAGAUAAAACUACUAUUUCAAACCGGCUUUGAUGAGAGAGAGCUUCAGAGCUAUACAUCAGUCAUCCAUGCAAAUGUUUAUCAGACAAUAAAAAUAUUACAUGACGGGGCGAAGGAGUUGGCCUUAAGUGAAGCUGGUUCAUCAAAGUAUGGAUUGUCAGAUGACAAUAAGGAAAUUGGAGAGAAAUUAUCAGAAAUUGGAGGUAGGUUGGAUUAUCCCCGCCUUACCGAAGAGCUUGUUCAAGACAUCUUAAAAAUUUGGAACGAUCCAGCUAUACAGGAAACGUAUGCGCGUGGGAACGAGCUCCAAGUGCCAGACUGUGCCGAUUAUUUCAUGGAAAACUUGCAGAGAUUGUCAGAGGCAGAUUAUAUUCCUACAAAGGAGGAUGUUCUCCAUGCUCGUGUUCGUACAACAGGUGUAGUAGAAAUCCAGUUCAGCCCUGUGGGGGAAAACAAAAAAAGCGGUGAAGUAUAUAGACUCUAUGAUGUUGGAGGCCAGAGAAACGAGCGAAGGAAAUGGAUUCAUUUAUUUGACGGUGUUACAGCUGUCAUAUUUUGUGCUGCUAUUAGCGAGUAUGAUCAAACCUUAUUUGAAGAUGAAAACAAGAACCGAAUGAUGGAGACGAAAGAACUCUUUGAAUGGGUCCUAAAACAAAAAUGUUUCGAGAAAACGUCCUUCAUGCUGUUUCUAAACAAGUUUGACAUUUUUGAGAAAAAAGUUUCAAAAGUCCCGCUAAAUGUAUGUGAGUGGUUUAAAGAUUAUCAACCCGUUUCAACAGGAAAACAAGAAGUUGAGCAUGCAUACGAGUUUGUGAAAAAGAAAUUCGAAGAGUUAUACUAUCAAAACGUGACAUGCGAUCACCAGGACCGUGUGUUCAAGAUCUACCGAACGACUGCUCUUGACCAGAAACUUGUGAAGAAAACAUUCAAACUGGUAGAUGAAACCCUAAGAAGGAGACACCUCUUUGAAGCUGGUUUAUUGUGACAAAGACCGCAAUUUCGCAUGCUACAAAUGUCAAUAUUUCAGUAAAAGCUUCAUCAAAUUUAAUUUUUUUUUUUUUGACAAUGAGAUCUACAAAAUCAAUCAGUAUGGUAUUUCACAGGUUUUAAAAUAUGAUUUUAUUUCUUAUUAUCCCGUUUCGGCUGUUACCCGCGACUGUUUUACAUAUGUUUUCUCCAUGUAUGUAGCUUUCUUGGUGAAAGAUGAAUGUUGAAUUUAUGAUUAUACAUCUCUUUUAACUUUA